AUGUCUGAAAAUAAUAAACCAGUAAUCAAGAACGUUGACAUGGUCGAUGAUAUGCAACGUGAAGCUCUAGAAUGUGCUAAUCAAGCUUUGGAAAAAUAUAACAUUGAAAAAGACAUUGCAGCCCAUAUUAAACGUGAGUUCGACAAAAAAUAUGGAACAACUUGGCACUGCAUCGAUUUCUCAAUACCACCAAAAAGUUUCGAAGACUUGAACAACGCAUACACCUCUGGAGACUACACUACUGCUAUCAAAUUUCUCACUUCUUUGUCAACAAAUGUUUCUGACCAAAAUACUAAACGUUACGAAGCACGAGAACACGUUUUUCUGUCGCGUGCUGUUUGCUUUCAACAAAUGCGAGAACAUCAACAAGUUGUAUCGGAUACCACCGAAGUAGUGAAGAUUGUUAAAAAUGUUACUUCAACUUCCAGCCUAUCUUUAGACGUCAUCUCUGUUAAUUCCGAAGACUGCUCAUUUUGUUUAAUUCUGGCAUUAUGGCUCCGAAGUUUAGCAUUUGAGUCACUCGAGAAUUGGGAUCGUGCCAAAGAUGAUCUUGACACAUUGAAAACUCUAAUAUUCGAGAAAAACAGAGAUAAUAUGAUCCCUUACAAAACGGAAGGGGUACUUUCAGUUUUUUUACCUCACAUGACUCCAUUAAUAACACAAAGUAAAUUUAAUACAAUUAAAAUCAAUAUACAUUGUGUUAAUGAUCGUCAACGACGUAUGAAUGAUUUAGUUGCGAAGGAAGCAGCAAGACGCAACGAUGGCCAUAAGGCAUUUCGUUUAAUAGAUAGGGAUGUGGGAUGUCUUGAUGAAAUCGCGAAGAAAUUCCACUAUCGCUUGUUACUGCGAAGACCAUUACAUCCCAAUAUCCAUAUGAAUAUGUGGUAUACGUUAGAUUUAAUGUUUGUCAGUGAAGUUGGAUUAUUUAGAAAAGAAGACCUAUAUGGAGUUCAAGGUUAUGCAUUAGGAUGCAAGUUGCUGGAAAUUGGUAAUAUUGAUGAAGGAUCAGAAAAAGAAAAGUAUGAAGUACAAGUUCGUCCUAUGAGUGCAGAAUCUCGUGAAUGGAGCGAUUGUACUGAUGCAGAUUGGGCUGGGGUUCAAAACGGGGGUAAAGGAGGGUUGGAGUUCCGGAUUGUAAAGUCGAAAAAACUCAUAGAAACUAAUGGAUGCAAAGAAUUUAAUAUAUUCAAUUGUUCUGCCGCUGAAUCUAAUAUAUUAAGCAAAUCUGAAGAUUCUAAUGGGAAUUCAAGUGUUAAACUUUGGCGAAAAAAUUCUUCCAAAACUUCUCGCAGGCAAUUAUACUUGUAUGUCUAUCCUAUUCAAGAAGUUUUAAACUAUGACACUAAAGACGAUAGCGUUAAGGAUGAUAAUAAAGUGAAUGGAAAUAAUAAAGAGUUAAAUCGUUGUGUACAUGAAAAUUAUCUUGUACCAUUGAGUAUUGGUCCUAUUCGUCUAGUUACUUGUGAAGCGUACUCGAAUUCUUGCGUCCAUCACUUACCACCAAGUGGAUCCAAUGAAAAUAAUGAUAAUGCUAUUCAAUCUAAUAAUCCUUGGAAUUCGCAACAGAUUACUACUUCGGUGACUCCCCGUAAAAAGAGUCCUUGGAAUAUUGAUGAUUAUCUUGUUGAUAGUUACCGAGGUUUCGUUUUGCCAAAUGGAAAGUAUUUGAUAAUUAAGGAAUUGUGGGAUGCUGGAAUUCCUGGAAAAGUGUGGGAUUCCGCAUUCAUUAUCGUUCAAAUGAUUAAGGAUAAAAUUCUUAAGGAUCAAAAUUUUUUUACUGGAAAAAGGAUUUUGGAUUUGUCGGCGGGAACCGGAUUUGUCGGUUUAUAUUUGGCUGCAUUUUUAGCUACGGGAAAAUCGGAAGAAAUCAUGAGUAAUAAUUUAACAACUAAUAUUGUAAUAACCGACUUGGAGCACGCUCUAAAAUUAAUUCGUGGUAACUUGGCGUUGAAUCAAUAUAUCUUGGAUUCCAGUAAUAAAGUGAAAAUUGAUGUAGAAGUAUUACAAUGGGGAGAUUUGCCGAGAAUAAGAAAAUUGGAAAUUCUUGAUUACGUAUUUGCUUCAGACGUCGUGUAUGAACCUGAAUCAUUUGAUUCCCUUAUUCAAACCUUUAUAGCCGUGUGUACUCCAGGCCUUACCAAAAUAUAUCUUGGAUACAAAAGGAGAGGAUUAAAUAAAGACGAAGAAGGUCGUUUUUUUGAUAAAUUGAAAACUGUGUUUCAAAUGUCUUCGGUUCAAGGAUUGGGAAUUUUAGCCGAAGAGGGGAAAGUAAAUGUUUAUGAACUAAUUAGAAAAUGA